AAGUCUGGGCGGAGACUGCGGCUGCGCUUCUCGAGAAAGGACAGGCGUCGAGAGCUGGCCACUUCCGCACUUCCGCUUUCCGGCCCAGCCAGCGCCCGCGAUGACUGCCACUCUCCGCCCCUACCUGAGUGCCGUGCGGGCCACACUGCAGGCUGCCCUCUGCCUGGAGAACUUCUCCUCCCAGGUCGUUGAACGACACAACAAGCCGGAGGUGGAAGUCAGGAGUAGCAAAGAGCUCCUGCUACAGCCCGUGACCAUCAGCAGGAAUGAGAAAGAAAAGGUUCUGAUUGAGGGCUCCAUCAACUCUGUCCGGGUCAGCAUUGCUGUGAAACAGGCUGAUGAGAUCGAGAAGAUUUUAUGUCACAAGUUUAUGCGCUUCAUGAUGAUGCGAGCAGAGAACUUCUUUAUUCUUCGAAGGAAACCAGUGGAGGGGUAUGACAUCAGUUUUCUGAUCACCAACUUCCACACAGAGCAGAUGUACAAACACAAGUUGGUGGACUUUGUGAUCCACUUCAUGGAGGAGAUUGACAAGGAGAUCAGCGAGAUGAAGCUGUCGGUCAAUGCCCGUGCACGCAUUGUGGCUGAGGAGUUCCUCAAGAAUUUUUAAACCGUUUGGCUGGAUCUUGUGGCCUUCCCCCUCGGACACCCCGUGUCUCUGCAAAGGCAUCCUGGAGCCACUCCGCACAGCAUCAGCAGCAGUGGGGAGCUGGGUCGGGGUGGGCAUUAGAUGCGGGAGGGGGGUGGUGUGCUUGCUAGCUGGGCAAGAAAGCAGCAUGGACCUGCCCCAAGGCCACAUGUGCCUGGUCAGGCUGGCUUCUGAUGUUCAGUCCCCUGGGCUGGGACAGAUUUUUUUUUAACGUCUUGAACCUUCAACUCUGUGCUUGUAGGAGACUGUAACCUUUCUGUCUUUUUUUUUUUUUUUUUUUUUUUUUUUGGUAAACAAACAACCUCCACCUCCAGUGGCUGUGACUAGUCCCAGUGAUUGUACCUUAUUGGUCGCUGUGGGUCUGGGCGGGCCUGGAGCCAGAAGGCGACUACCUUUUCUCCCCUGUGCCACUCCGGGUGGGGAGGGAGGGAGGUUUCAGAUUCCAGUUCCUCUCCGUUGCCCUCUAUUCCCAAGCCUCCUUGGGCCCAGCAGAAGUGGUGGGGACCAGCUUCUUGACCUCUGCCUGAAGAUGGCCACUCAGCAGUGGUUGGGGACAAGGGCUGUAUUGGUGACCAGCAGCCAUGCAUAAGAGCUGGGGCCCAAAAGCCAGGCAACCUCUGGCUACAGAGGCCAUUUGGUGCCCUUCCAGCUGAGACGGGCCACUGUUUCGCCUUUUCUGUCAGUGCAGUGCCUGUGCUAGAGGUGGAGAGGUGAGUCCUCCUCCUGCCUGCUCUGGCUCCCUUUCUCCCAUGCUCGCUGUCCCUUUUCUGAUUCUGGUGAAUCCUCCCUCCCUUAAUUAAAGUCUCUUCUUGCCCCUUUGGGGCUGCAUGA